AUGGGCUCCAUCUCAACCGCUCAGCAGGCUCAGGCUCAGGCUCUGGCCCCUCCGCCCUCUACGACAUCAUACAAGAUCGCGUCGAUCCCCGCCGACGGGAUCGGGCCCGAAGUCAUCUCCGCUGGAAUCCGAGUUCUCGAGACGCUGGCCGAGACAUACGGGACGUUCACGUUCGACUUCACGCACUUCGACUGGUCGAGCGAACGCUACCUCCAGACCGGACGGUACAUCCCGGACGGCGGGCUCGAGGAGCUGCAACGGUUCGACGCGAUCCUGUUCGGCGCAGUCGGCGACCAGCGCGUGCCGGACCACAUCUCGCUUUGGGGCCUGCGCCUGGCCAUCUGCCAGCCCUUCCAACAGUACGCCAAUGUGCGGCCGACGCGGGUGCUGAAGGGCGUGACGUCGCCGUUGGCCGCGUGCCAGCACACCGAGGCGAACCGGCAGAAACUCGACUGGGUCAUUGUGCGCGAGAACAGCGAGGGCGAAUACGCCGGCCAGGGCGGCCGCUCGCAUGUCGGGCAGCCGUGGGAGACGGCGACCGAAGUCAGCAUAUUCACGCGGCACGCGGUCGAGCGCAUCAUGCGCUUCGCCUUUGAGGUGGCGCGCUCGCGGCCGCGCAAGAAGUUGACCAUGGUCAGCAAGUCCAACGCCCAGCGCAACGGCAUGGUUCUGUGGGACGAAGUGCACAAGAUCGUCGCCGCCGACUACCCGGACGUCGAGACCGACAAGAUGCUCGUCGACGCCAUGACGUGCCGCAUGACGCUGAGCCCGGAAUCCAUCGACACCAUCGUCGCCACGAACCUGCACGCCGACAUCCUCUCCGACCUGGCCGCCGCGCUCGCCGGCAGCAUCGGCAUCGCCCCCACCAGUAAUCUGGACCCCACGCGCCAGCGGCCCAGCAUGUUCGAGCCCAUCCACGGUUCCGCCUGGGACAUUGCCGGCAAGGGCGUGGCGAAUCCCGUCGGCACGUUCUGGACCGCCGCCGAGAUGGUCAAGUGGCUGGGCCAGGAGGAGGCCGCCGAUCUGCUGAUGCUCGCGGUCGAGUCCGUUCUCGACCGCGGCGUCAAGACGAGAGAUCUGGCUGGCACCGCACGCACCGAUGAGGUCACGGCCAGCGUGUGCGACGAGAUCCGCCGCAUCGGGAAGGACAGAGGCUUGGGGUCGACGUCGAAAAAGCAGACUUAG